GGUCCCACCAAGCUUCAUCGUGCUGAGUCAGGGUAUUAAAUAAAGUUCAAAAAUACUUAAGCUCUCGUCACGAUACUAACUCGCAAGUAAAUGCCGCAUCGUAUUUCUUGCUUCACCAUGUUCGGCCGAGUCGUCCUCUCGCAAUACAGCUUGCGAAUAUAUUUGUCGACAUGAGAAACCGAAGUCCACGUUUUUCGUCCGAAACACGUCCUCGAUCGCGUUUAGUGGCGGCGUCUAAAUUUGGCCUACAGUACAUAAAACGGUCCAAUCCACACGCAGCGAUUACUUCUACACCCAACCCCUCCUCCUCACUUCUAUCCUUCUUCCUCCCAAACCCUCACUUUCACUUUACGAUGCCAGCACCUGUUGCAGCCCCUCGCACUCUCUACGACAAGGUUUGGGACGACCAUGUCAUCGAUACCAAGGAGGAUGGCUUGAGUCUCAUCUACAUUGACCGUCAUCUGGUUCACGAAGUUACCAGUCCACAAGCAUUUGAAAGCUUACGACAAGCAGGUCGUGCUGUUCGACGACCAGAUUGUACUCUCGCAACAGUCGAUCACAAUGUCCCGACCUCGUCACGAAAGAACUUCACAAACGUUCAGUCGUUCAUUACACAGCCAGAUUCUCGGGCACAAGUUCAAGCUCUAGAGGAGAACGUGAAGGAGUUCGGGUUGACAUAUUUUGGUAUGACCGACAGGCGACAAGGCAUUGUUCACGUUAUUGGUCCCGAAGAGGGCUUCACUCUCCCCGGAAUUACUUGUGUAUGCGGUGAUUCACAUACAUCGACACAUGGCGCCUUCGGUUCUCUCGCUUUUGGUAUCGGUACCUCUGAAGUCGAGCACGUCCUCGCAACCCAAACCCUCCUACAGCGCAAAGCAAAGAACAUGCGCAUCACCGUCGAAGGUACUCUCAACGAAGGUGUCACUUCCAAGGACGUAGUCCUUCACAUCAUCGGUGUCAUCGGCACCGCCGGCGGUACAGGCUGCGUUUUGGAAUUCGCCGGCUCAGUCAUUCGAGGUUUCAGCAUGGAAGCUCGUAUGAGUAUGUGUAACAUGAGUAUCGAAGCCGGUGCUCGUGCGGGUAUGAUCGCUCCUGAUGAAAUCACUUUCGACUACCUCCGUAAUAGACCCCUCGCACCCAAGGGAGAGGAAUGGGAUCGCGCAGAGGCAUACUGGCGUACACUCAAGUCCGACGAGGGGGCCAAAUUCGACGUUGAGGUUAAUAUUCGCGCAGAAGAUAUUAUCCCUACUGUCACUUGGGGAACAUCUCCUCAGGACGUUGUCCCUAUUACAGGCACCGUUCCUGACCCCGCAAAAAUCUCGGAUCCAGUUACGCGUGCCUCUGUCGAACGUUCACUGAAAUACAUGGGGCUCACGCCAGGUGCUCGUAUGGAAGAUGUCAAAGUUGACAAAAUAUUCAUCGGCUCCUGCACCAACAGUCGGAUCGAGGACCUCCGAUCUGCAGCUAAAAUCGUCCUUGCAGUAGGCCCUGAUGCUAAAGUCGCUGAUGGUGUCUACGCCAUGAUCGUUCCCGGCUCCGGUCUCAUCAAGCAGCACGCUGAAGCGGAAGGUCUUGACGUCGUAUUCAAGCGAGCAGGGUUUGACUGGCGUGAAGCUGGUUGCUCCAUGUGCUUGGGUAUGAACCCUGAUCAGUUGGAACCCGGCGAACGAUGCGCAAGCACAAGUAACCGUAACUUUGAAGGUCGUCAAGGUGCCGGCGGUCGUACGCAUCUAGUCAGUCCCGCUAUGGCCGCAGCUGCAGCCAUGACUGGGAAGUUGACGGAUGUCAGGAAAUUCUUGGGCGCAGAGGCACAGAGGCAAAUCGCUGCUGGACCCAAACUCAAACUCGCAAGCGAAUUGGAGUUCUUGACGGACCCUGUUCUUCCUUCACCUGCGCCUGAACAUCGCGUGAAGGAGGAAGUGUCGCCAGAAUCAAAACCCCUGCCUCCCAUUGAGACACCUUCUAGUGUCGAGAAGUUCGUUAUCGUCAAGGGGAUCGCGGCACCAUUGCACAUCGAUAACGUCGAUACUGACAUGAUCAUUCCCAAGCAAUUCUUGAAGACGCUGAAGCGCACCGGUCUUGCCAACGCCCUGUUCUUCACCCUCCGAAAGGACCCUCGUACAGGAGAGGACACUGAUUUUAUCCUGAACCGAGAACCGUACACACAGUCCAAGAUUCUCGUUUGCACUGGGGCUAACUUUGGUUGCGGAAGUUCUCGAGAACACGCGCCUUGGAGUCUAAACGAUUUUGGUAUUCGUUGCAUCAUUGCACCCAGUUUCGCCGACAUCUUCCGGAACAAUACGAUGCAAAAUGGCAUGUUGCCGGUGACCUUGUCAAAAGAAGAGUGCAAAGCUCUUGCGGAGGAUGCUGAGGCUGGUCUCGAGUUGGAAGUUGACCUAGAGAAGCAAGAAGUUCGUAGGCCAAACGGCAAACCCGCCAUUCCAUUCACUACAGACAAAUUCCGUCGACACUGCCUGUUGAACGGUCUGGACGAUAUUGCUUUGACUUUGCAAAAGGAUAGUUCUAUUGCCGAGUUCGAAGGGCGUAGGAGUCAGUCGUGGCCAUGGUUGGAUGGGCUUGGGUACAAGGGAAAGAUACCUAUCGCGCCUCUUGCUCAGAGGAAGAAAAAGAUGGACUGGUAAACUCAGUGUCGUUCUUGUAUAUCGUUGCUGUGAAAAUUGGAUGUAUACUACAUGUAUAAUGGUUAUUAACAACUUAUCAGUUUCAUGGCCUGCGGUCACCUCUCACACAACGCGAGUUACCGACGCCCAAAUGUUCGCCA